AUGUCAGGUAAUAUCACAUUUGUGCCGUAUCAUGAUAUGAUUGAUCGAUCGCGGCGCAUCCGAUUGCGGAGAGCGUGUAGCGAGUGUCGGCGCAAAAAGAGGCGAUGCAAUCACCAGUUGCGAACGUCUGGGGGCUCUUCUUCCCCUUCACGUAACCUGGUACUGACGGAGUCUCAAGCGGGCCCUCAGGCCAAUAUUUCGGGCGCAGAGUCCCGUAUCGAAUGGACAAGCGCCCGGGAGCUCUCCGAGUCACUGAGCUCUGAGCCAAUCCAAGGUCAAAACCAGCGUCAAGGUGGUCGGCCAGAACAAGAUCAGUCGUCUUCACGCCGGCCAGAAGAGGCAGAACAAAGACAACAACAAACACCAGGAUCAUUGAGACUCAAUGCUCAUCCUAGUCCGCACACGACACGCUUUGUUAGUGACUUGAACCCGGAGGCUAGACUCUUGGACGAAACCACCACUCCCGAAGAUGCGCAGGAAAUGGCACCGGGAGAACCAGCUAUACGUAUCUCUCUCCACGGUACUCUCUCGCGCGCCACACUAGAGAAGAUCACCCUCAUCCGCAUCCUUGGUCUAUUGUCUCUGCACCAGGAAGGAAGUGAGGGUAUGGAUGAAUCAUCCAGCUGUAUUGCUCAAGCUAUGCAUUCCGCUCAGUCCCUGGCUCUACAUUUACCGCGACCCAAUGACGAUAAGAAUGAGUUAAAGAGGAUCUUUUGGUGCCUUUGGACCUUGGACCGACUGAACGCCGCGACAAACUCACGACCGUGCGUUAUGGCCGACAUCGAUAUAGCAGUUCCUGAUCUGACGCCGCAGGAGUCUGGCUCUAUCGCGUUUGAUGUAUGCUUUCGAAUUGCUAAAAUCCUCAACAAAGUUAUUGCUCUUUAUCGACCCACAACUAAGGAUCCUGCAUCAGGAUGGGAUACCGACUUUCCAGGGUUUGAACAGGUCAUGGAUGAAAUGCACGCUUGGCAACUUUCAUCCUCCACCAUCGCCACAUUGCAUAUCUUCUACCACGCCACCGCAAUCCUCUCGCACCGGCUGAAGACUAUCACGACAUUACCCUCACCCACGCCAGCCAGGCUGCGACAACAGCUCUCGGCAAUCCAGGUGAUCCGAUAUAUGCAGUAUCCUGAUCGAUUAGAUGCAUUGCAUCCAUUUCCAGUUGUAGUAUAUGCCGCCUCUCUUGCCCUAUCUGUUUCUUACCAGCAGUUACGAUAUAGUCGUUUAUCUAGCGAGCAGGAAGACGCGCGGCAUGAUUUUAAUACCGGCUGCGAUAUUUUGCAGGAGCUACGGCUGAAAUGGGCCUCUGCCGAUGCAAUGGCAUCAUUGGCUCAUCGAAUAUCUGCCGCGCUCGAACAGCUCCCAAGCCUCGACAUCCUGCGGAUCAACCGUUUCAACACCACCCAGAAAGAUAAUAAUCUUACCGACAGACAAGGGAUUACUGGAGAUGAAGCAGGGGGAGUGAAUUCCCAACCGUCAGUGGAUGUGCUGUUGGCUGGCCGCCCAGGUGAUUUUCAAGCUACCCAGUCUCACCUGGAAACUAUGGACUUGUUUGCUGGCAUGGACGACGUUUCUUGGAUGUAUCUGGAUGCGGAGAAUCCUAUCAGCUUCGAUGCUUUUCCUGUAAUGAAUCUCGAGGGACCAUAUACUUCAUGCUCCCGAUACUUCUCGUCUGUGCUCCAAAAAUCAUUCUCCCAGAGCUUCGUUUCCGUGAUGUUCGACAAGGUUAGAAAAAUCCUCAAAGAUCAUGGACUGGCCUUGCUUUACUGUGGAGUCUCAUCCAUUGGCGCCCUUGUCUAUGGCUACGACAACACUUAUUACAAUGGAGUACUUGCCAUGCAGCAGUUCAAAAACGAUUACGGGACCGAGAGAGACGUUAAUGGUAACCUGGCCCUGUCCUCGAGUUUUCAGUCGGUGACGGCGUCUUCCAUCUACAUCGGUGAUUUAUUAGGAGCGAUGCUGGCUGCCCCGAUCAACGAUCGAUGGGGUCGGAAAUCAACCUUCUGGCUUGCUUCGUUCUGUAUCCUUUGUGGAGGUAUUGCCCAGGUGGCAGAUACCCAUUUUGAAGCUGUGAUUAUUGUAGGGCGCAUUUUGAUGGGGCUUGGCGUCGGCCAGUUUACCGUUACCUCGCUUUUAUACAUCGGCGAAGUAGCCCCAACUGACAUCCGUGGCCCUGCGCUUAUGUCUUACCAGUUUUUGCAAUCCUGCUCGCAGCUAGUGGCCUCGGGCCUCAGUCAAGGGACAGAGAGCAUGGAUAGCUCCCUAGCGUACAAGCUACCUAUGGGAGGCCUAAUCGUGCUUCCCUUACUCAUGUUCGCGGCCCUUCCCAUUAUUCCAGAGAGCCCUCUCUGGUAUGCGGCAAAGGGGAGGCUCCCUGAAGCCGAAUCAGUCCUGCGUCGGCUGCAUCGCAACGAUCCUACUUACGAUCCGACCAUCGACCUGGCGACAUUGGAAAGCCUGCAGCGCGUCAACGAGCAAAAUGAUAAGGAAUCCACAUGGGGCGCGUUGCUGUUCGACCCGAUCGAGCGAACCAAGGUCAUUUGGUCUGCAGGAGCGAUGUACGCGCAGCAAGCGUGUGGGAUCCUCUUCUUCUACGUCUACGGGGUGGUGUUCGUCCAAGCCAUCGGAAUCGACGAGCCGUUUCUUGUGCAACUGAUUCAGAACAUCCUCCAGAUAUGCGCGGUCACCGUAUCCAUGGUGACGGCAAACGGUGUACCCCGAAGGCUCAACUUGCUCGUGACCACCAGCAUCAUGUUAGUGGCCUUUGUUAUUAUCGGCGGGAUUGGAACCCAGGAUCCAUUGAGUACGGCCUCGCAGUGGGUCAUUGUGAUCUUCUCGUUUGUGAUCGUCUGCGUCAUCAACUACGGGCUCUCGACUGUGGCUUACACGGUGGCCCGCGAGAUGGCUGUCGGCCCCAACCAGAAUAAGAUCAUGUCGGUCUCUAUUGUGACAUUUUACUUCACUGCGUGGGUUAUCUCAUUCACUGCCCCGUAUCUCUACUAUAAUGCUGGCCUCGGCCCAAUGGUCGGGUUUGUCUAUGCGGGAACCACCCUUACCUCUCUCAUAUGGGUCUGGUUCUGCGUUGCUGAGACUACGGGCCGCUCGAACUGGGAGAUUGCACGGCUGUUUGACCUGCGUGUGCCAGCUAGGAAGUGGGCUGCAUUCCCCAUCGACAGUAUGGGCGAUAUUGAUUCUGAUGAUCCCAAGAAGAACCCGAUUGUUGCCUCUCAUUUCGAAAGCGUACCAUGA